AUGCACUGCGCGAAGAGGACAUUUUCCAGCUGGACGUUGUCGCGCGACCAGAUCGAUCAGAUCAACAGCGGGAUUCGGCUCUCUAGGAGAAACCUCGCGGUGUACGCCAGCGUCUGUUCGCCGGCAUUCGCGUCUGUCACGGGCGGCAGCAGCACCUCGAUCUUCUUGCUGUUCACGCGCGCAAUGGCAUCGUUCCUCAAGCUGUACCUGCUGCUGCUGUUUGUUAGAGUCCUGCUGACGUGGUUCCCACAGUUCGAUUGGGAGGCGCAACCGUGGCUGACUCUUCGAGAGAUCACCGACCCUUACUUGAACCUCUUCCGGGGAUUCAUCCCGCCCCUGCUCGGCCAGAUCGAUCUCACGCCGUUGCUGGGCUUCUAUGUCCUGCAGUUCCUCGCUGGUGCCCUCGAAGUCGGCGAGAUGGACGACGACUGGUAG